GUUUUGCGACGCCAAAGAUGGCAGCCCCCAGGGCACAAUGAGCCCGCUCCAGCCGCUGCCCUGCCGCCGGGGGGGACGCGGGCAGGCAGUGAGGCCGCUGUGCAGUCCCGCCACCCGGGGCUGACCCGGCCGCUGACGGCGAGGGUGCGGGGAGGGCCUCCGGCCGGAGCGAGCGAGCGAGCGAGGAGGGGAACUCGUCCGCGGCCGUUUGGUCUGCGGGGCCCCGCCGGGGCGAGUAACGGGUGAGGGAGCCGGCGCCGGGGGCCUCCCCGGGACGGCGGCGGGGGCAAUGUGGAGCGCCCUGCUGCGUCGCGGGGGCCGCGGCGCCGGCGGUCUCCGGGGGCUGGUAUCGGGCGGCCCGCCCUGGAGCCAAGUGGUGUCGGAAGCCGAGAAGAUCGUGGGGUACCCGACGUCCUUCAUGAGCCUGCGGUGCCUGCUGAGCGACGAGCUGAGCAACAUCGCCAUGCAGGUCCGCAAGCUGGUGGGCACCAAGCACCCGCUGCUCGACACCGCCCGGGGUUUUGUGUACGAUAGCCGAAAUAAUUUACAGAUGCGAGGUUUGGUCGUAUUGCUUAUUUCCAAAGCUGCUGGACCCAGCACGGCAGAACUCUCUUUCCAGCACAACAUGGUCAGUGGAAUUUAUUCCAGUCAGCGAAGUCUGGCCGAGAUUACGGAACUGAUCCACACUGCCUUUUUGGUGCAUCGUGGCAUAGUAAAUAUUGGUGAGCUCAAGUCGUGUGAUGGCCCACUGAAGGAUAUGCAGUUUGGAAAUAAAAUGGCUGUUUUGAGUGGAGAUUUUCUUCUAGCAAAUGCUUGCACAAGCCUUGCACAGUUGCAGAAUACCAAGGUUGUGGAACUCAUUUCAAGCGCUAUUGGUGACUUAGUUCAAGGUAUAUACUAUGAAAACUCAAAAUCAUCUGAGGAGAACUGUCUUACUGAUGAUAUCGGCAUAUCUACGUGGAAGGAGCAGGUUUUCCUGUCACAUAGUGCCUUGCUGGCAAAGAGCUGCCAGGCUGCGAUGGAGCUAGCAAAGCAUAGCGCUGAGAUUCAGGACAUGGCAUUUCAGUAUGGAAAGCACAUGUCUAUGAGUCAUAAGCUACAUUCAGACCUUCAGCCAUUUGUUAAAGAAAGUGACACCAUGGCCUUCAGUUUGAAUUCUGCUCCUGCAGUCCUGCAUCAGGAAUUCCUUGGAAGGGAGGCAUGGAUUAAACAGAUCAGAGAGGCACAAGGAAAAGGAAAUAUAAUGGACUACAAGAAGCUGCGGGAAGCCAUCAAGGCCGGCAAAGGUGUGACUUCUGCCAUCGACCUCUGCCGCGGCCACGGAAACAGAGCGCUGGCGGCCCUGGAGCGCUUCCCUCCCUCCGAGGCCAGGGCCGCCUUGGCCAACAUUGUCUAUGCCGUGACCAGGUUUCCCUGACCCACUGUCCCUCCGCGGGUGACAACAACCCAGCAGGGAUGCCGCCGACGCCCCGCGCCGCUGCUCACCUCAUCAUCCCGACGGAGGAACGCGUGCUGGCUGCCACCGCCACCAGCAAAAUUCAAGGGGAGGGGGAAGAAAAAAAAAAGGUCACAGCCAGCUUUCGCUUGUUGUGCCAGAAGCACACUUGAGGCUGCACCGGUAGAAAUAAUUAAUGAGUCCCGUUUCCGUGACCUCAGCAAAUGGACAGGAAAUAAGUCGGUAUUGAUUGGGCACCGGCGGGGACGGCGCCAGGGCGGAGGCCGGUGGUUUUCCUGCCCGAGGGAUGGAGGGGCGUGAAGAUCCCGCUCAAACCUGCCCGGAGAGAGCGAGCUGCCCAAGCCGGGAAUUAAUGUCCCCGCUUCUCAAGGGGAAGGGCAGUUCGGGGGAUUAGUGGGGAAAAUCCUCUCUCUGUCUGCAUGUCUCCUCACACUGUUUUUAUGUAUUCAAAUGUAAAGUUACCCUGUGCCUAAUGCUUUCCGUAUUUGUGAAACUUGCUGAGAAAAUGUGUCAAGCAUGGUAAGUAGGAGCUUUAAAAUAUUUAAUCAAAUAUUAAUUUGGCUCUGUUAAGGGAAGUGACUGCCUAGGCUUUAUACCGUGUGUGUAAAAUAUGUUGCUCUUGGUCAAAGAAUGAGGUUUUUCCAACUCUCUUGGGAAGAGAAUAUCCCUCCCUCAGAUCAGGCCGUUUGUUUCAACACAAUCUUACACAAAAGAAUUUCCUAGGUUUAUGACACUUGUGUUCAUUUAAGCCAAAUAAAUGUUAAUUUGUAAGGCUAGACAUCGGCCUUUGGCAGAAAGGAGGAAGGAAUGCUCUUCUGCGAGUACAAUCUUUCAGUGUGCUGAAUAAAAUGCAGAAAAUACUGGAGAAGUUUUGAACCUCAGUAUGUUGAAUUUUAAAGUUCAAUUACAGACGGCAUAUAAGGUGUAUCAGAAGUCUGCAAUUUGAGACCGUCUCUGUUUUGUUCAUAGGAGAUGAUUUUUGUGGUUUGCAUGCAUGCAAUCUGAGAGUGCCGUUGACAAGAAGGCUGAGUUUACAUAAAUGAUCUAGAUUGAGACUCAGCUACCUUUCUUCCUUCUGUGGUGUAAUUACAGCCCAAUCUGGAGACAGCUAGCACAGCAAACAGAUUUCAUUACAUCGCUCACUCAAACACUAAGUGUAGUUAUUUCUGUUAAAUUCUCCCCUCCCUCCUUCUCCCCCUGCACUCCUUUCCCCCGUCGCACAGCUUGUUUGUCACAGACCGGCGUGUUGCGUUCCACCAAAUGCAAAAUAUAAAUAAAACCUCUGUCCUCUAAAAAUACAUCCUGCAUAAUGUACAUAAUAUUCUGUGUAAGAUAUGCCUAUAUUAUACCAUAAUAUUAUAUGUAUAACAGGCACCCUUGAGACACAGUCUUUCCAUGGAAGCAGCAUCCAGAACUGGGGACUCGCUUUGUUCUGGAGAAUGGCUUCAACACCAGACCGCUUCUUCCUUGUGCUUCCUUUCUCAUGCCUGCCCGGGUGUUCUGUCUCCUCCCAAGCCUGUGGCGCUUCUGCUGGAGUUAGUGCUGCUGCAGCAGCAGGAAGGCUGGAGACAGAAGAGGAGCAGCGUGGGUGAGCCCCAGCAGCAGCAGUCACUGGUGUCUACCUUAGCUAACCACCCUAUGUUUUCACCUGUGAAGUUCCCUGAAGUUCUGCUAAUGUAAAACUUGUGCUUGGAAGAAAUACAUCAAUUUAACCAGAGUCAUAUUUCAGCUUUUUUUUGGCUCUGGUUUUUACAUAGUACAUACAGUAGGAGCCAUACGUCUCUUUCUCUUUGUCUUACAUCUACGCUAAUUGGUUCGUAAUGAUUUAGGGCUGCAAGAAGCUUGGGUCUGCUGGAGAUAUUCUGAGCCAUCUCACCUCGGUUGUGUGAAAGAAAUAUCAACCAUAUUGCAAAACUGUGUACACCCAGUUUAUUUUUUCAUGAAAGUACAAGGGUUUUUAUUUGUACUUUUUGCUAAUAAAGGCAAGUUGGCAAAA